AUGACGUUUACUGACCAGACAGAAGUUUUCUCCGAAAUCGUCGCCUCGAAACUCUUUCCAUCCUAUGAACUUUUUCGCCAGGCGUUCGAGCACUUCACGAAGGUAUGCAGCCUGUCCAGUAAUGAGUAAAUUUCCCCGGCCUAGAUCACUGGCAGUAGGUUCUCGAAGGAUAAGACCAGUCUGCAUCGUCUCGGCACUUUGAAUCGUGAAAUCCUGGUCUACCGGUCGGCGGAAUUCAAGUGCUCCUCCAAGUGUGAGGCCUGUUUUGUUAUUGGCUGCAAGAAGGGACACCUGUUUGUAACAAGAUAUCAUAUGGUGCACAACCAUGACGUCGAUUUUCAAGCAACCUCUUCACCAGACCCUCAACCGGUUGUGGAAAUUCCCGAAGGUGAGCCUCCGAACCCAUGCCCCUUACCCUCCCUUAAUCUCCUUUAGUUUCUCACGAUCAUGUUGAUUUGACUGCUCAGUUUAAUGCUCACUUCCCGUCUCUUACGUUUGCCAGUUACGCUGACUUGAUGGAAGCCAUGAGGAGGUUUCAGGAGGAAACUGGCAGUGUCUACGUGAAAAAGGGAGUACACAAAUUGCCUAUUGGACACGUAAACAGUGGUCUCCUUGUCUACACGACCAUGCAAUUCCAAUGCAUUCAUUAUGGCAACUUUGUGAGCACUGCUCAAAUGCGGCAAAACCACAGGUAGAUAAUAAUUGGUCAGACACUCACAGACACACUUAACUUAGGUCGAAAAAGAUUGGCUGUCUAUCUGCCAUUCAUGUUUCUUCUACGCAGAAUAAACUGCGUAUAACUCGCUUUAAUAUGCGACAUAAUCAUCUGGUCUCCCCUACGCACGUGCCUUCUCGACGCAAAGGUCCAACUUCUGUACCACUGAAGACACCCAAAGAGUACGGGUCGCAUAGUGUGCGUACCAACGGUUAGUCCAUUUACUGUGCUCAUAUAUACUUUCUUCUAUAGACGGCCUCUGUCUGAACCGUCCUCAUCUGCCGUCGAAUGAGUACUUCGAGAAGGUAGUUGGCGUUGGCCAAUCAGGUUCGGGGGAGACAUCGCCUGUUCCAACCUUUGGAACUUGCAUCUCGUCCUACUCCUCAUUACCUCCAUUUCCCCUUCCCAACGCAGAUUACUGCGAAAGGUCCCAGCGACUGGCGUCUGUCGAACCAAUGUUGCAGUGCAUUCGCAAGAUCCUUGCUAGGUCCGAUAGUCGCGCAUUUGGGAAGUUGACGUCCGAUCUUCGUCAUCUUAUACACAAAUGGGAGGCGGAUCCGUCCUUAGGCCCGAGGCGCAUGCAACGUCAGUCUAAAUCAUUAAGGCACUGAUCUGCCCUUCGCCACAUCCUCGUGAUUUCUCCUAGUUUCCAAUCUCCUCUUACCAAUUCCUUCACCUCUACUUCCCAAUUUUGGUUUUUCCUACACACCGCCCUUUACUGUCUUUGCAUAGAACUACUUCCUUGGCCUUUAGACGUCCGUAGUUUGUACAGCUCUCAUAUCAUAUCCUUAUGUGAAUAUAUGUAUAUAUGUCGCGUUCAUCAUCCCCCGAAGAAGACGAAGAAGAGAGUACGAAUUCAUGGACCAAAUUGUACUUGAACCGAAGUUUCGGAAACCCUCCCGUUUCCGUCAUCAGAGCAAUAUGUUCGCUUGCUCGUUUUCUGUACCGAUAUCUCCAAGAUGAACUAACCCCGCAAUGUGUUGGCUGUUCCUGCUGGCCUUGACUGCUUCAACUUUGAUACCCGCCUGGUAUUAUGUCCGUGCUCGAGGCACGUUCGCCGCCGAUUAGCGUUCACCUCUCCGCGAUUGACCGCCGGUGGGCUCGUGUCACCUUUGACCCCUUUACGGCCGUCGUAAUUGUUGGCGAGCCAACAUGCUUGUCGGCCUCCCCCUCGUCACUCAACGGACUGAUCGGUUGUUAGGGCUCAUGUGAGUUGAUCUCAGCCUCGGGAGCGUCGCGGUGAGGUGGCGUCCCAUGCUGGUCACAUGACCUCCGACCGGCUUCUCUCCUAUUUUCAGCUGGCAUCGGCUGUCGGCCACGCGCGACUUUACUUGUCCGCACUGACUCGAGCCUUGUGCGUGGCGACUGGUAGGCGGGAUGCAGAUCUACGGCUCUAUUGAGUGUGCCAGUCGAGGACCAACUUUCGAACAUCAGUCUGGCCAUCUUAUAUUUAGCUCGGCCGAUUAUCCUUGCCUUUUAAAAGGCGAAAUUGUGGUUCUGCUGUUUGGCGUGGCCAUAAACCAUAGACAGCUUGUCCUUGCGGUUGAUCGCAAGCUGGUGCCCAUGCAAUCUUGUGCCAAGACGUUUGCCCAUUUCGCCAGCAUGCCUCGCAUCACAGUCUCGGCAUGGUAUGCUGUAGACCACCGCUGAUUGUUCUGUCACCGGGAGCGGGUCUUUGGGCCUCAUUAUUUGCUGUCUAAUUGUGGACUCUGGCUUAUGAGCCACACCAAUCCCGAAAGGCUUCAGGAUUCCUGUCGUCGCCGCUGGUACUUUUUUAACAUAAGGGAUUGCGAACCAAAAUUUCGGGUUUUGCCCGUCCGACCGCUCAGAGUGGGGCUUCCUAAGACACUUGCGUAUGAAGGACUUGGGAUAACCGUUGGCUUUAAAACGUAAGUAUUUAGUCUCCUCCUUUCUCCCGUUUUCGUUGCUGCAGUGUGUUUGGACGCGUUGGCAGAGGGUUCCCACACAACUGCGUUUGUGACCAACGGGAUGGUUGCCUCAGAAGUGGAGGAUUCGCGUGGUGUUAGUUGCCUUACGGCAGACCGUUGUACAUCCCGUCUUCCAGCUUUGUCACUUGUACGUCAAGGAAGGUCAACUGAUUGUUGAGCUUUUCUUCCUUAGUAAACUGGAUGUCGGGAAAGAUUGAAUUCAACAGUGCUUUGAAUGUCUGAACAUCGCUCCUUUUGAUGAUGACGAAAGUGUCAUUGACGUAUCUGGCCCGGAACUUCGGGGGUACGAGCUGAAGAUCAGUCGCUCGAACCUUUGCAAAACUGCUUUGGCAAUUAAUCCAGACAGAGGCGGGCCCAUCGGUGUCGUCCUCUUUUGCGCGUAGACCUGGCCGUUGAAUGUAAAGAACGUCUUAAGAUAUAGUUCUAGUAGGUCGAUGAUGUGAACUCGUUUGAGCUGUUGAUCGGCCUCACCAUACUUUUCCCGGAGAAAGCAGUCAAUAGUGUCGGUAGCCUGCGCGGGUGGGAUGGAGGUGAAUAAUGAGAUCACGUCGAAUGACACCAUCACCUCAUCUGCCUCCACCUCGAGAUGUUUUAUGCGCGUCAAGAACUCUUCAGCCGACUGCACUGUCCACUCCGAAUCCUUGGUAAGGAAACAUAGUCGCUGGUACAGCCACUUCGACAACCCAAAGGUUGGAGUACCACGUAAGGAGACGAUGGGGCGUAGCGGCACCCCCUGCUUGUGGAUCUUUGGUAGGCCGUAGAAGCGCGCCAUCGCGGUAUCACUGGCUUUCGCGGCCAACGCUUCCCUUCUCGUAAGAGCUCCCGCCUUCCUCAGCUUGCCGAUCGUAGUGUUUAUGCUGUUUACGAGCUUUUUGAACUCGCUGACAGUCGAUGGCGCAUAAGCUUCCUCGUCCAUCAAGAGGUUGCCCAGUUUUGUACAGUACUCAGCCUUAUCCAUGACGACAGUCGAGCGCCCCUUGUCGGCGGGCAGGGUGACGAUAUCCUUCAUUUUUCGUAUCUUCAGAAGUUCUCGAUCUUCUGCUUUAGAAAUCGUCGUCUGGCGUUUGUGUUGGAGGAGUAAGGUCGACACUUGUUGUCGCAUGGCGUUUUUGCACUCCUCGUCUGCCUCACACUUCUGGAGCGCCGGUUCAAAGGAUGAAAUAAAGUCUUCUGGUUGAGCAUCUCUUGUGCUGAACUUCGCGUCAUAGGAUAGAACCGCUAGUUGUUGCUGAGUGAAACGAUGGGAGGACAAGCUGUGAACCAAGAGAACGUCCGUGGAGGGCUGCUUUGGCGGACUUAUUUUCUCAAAUUUUCUAGACAACUGAUCACGCAAAUUGCGGUGACGCCGUGCACUGUUGAGAAUUGCCGGUCUGAGGAUUUCCAGCUCGUGUGCCGUAAAGAUCAACUGGCAAGUUGAUAAUUACUGCUCAAUCAUCUGGCGGUAUUUGUGAAUGCGAGCGUGGCGGUCUCGUAUCAGCACUCUGAUCAUUUUUUUCUUGAAGUCUGCCAUCGUCCGUUGGCAAAGUUUAGAGUACACAGGCGGUCUGUAUCUGAGGCACUUUGGUAGGACGUUCUAAUCAAGGCACCUGUGCAGGAAUUUCAGCUGAGCGUAUGUGGAGGACUCGAUUCGCAAACGCCUCCCAUCUGCGUGCUGAGCGCCCAUGGCAUACAUCAAUAUAGGUAAAGAUUCGAGGCCCAGUUAUUGUGUCGCGUUCAUCAUCUCCCGAAGAAGACGAAGAAGAAGAGAGGGCGAAUUCAUGGACCAAAUCGUACUUAAACUGACGUUUCGGAAACCCUCUCGUUUCCAUCAUCAGAGUAAUUUGUUGGCUGUUCCUGCUGGUCUUGAUUGUUUCAGCCUUGAGAUCUGCCUGGUAUUUUGUUCGUGCUCGAGGUACGAACUAUGACCUGCCCGUUCGCACAACUUAUUUUAAGCCAACGGUUAUCCCAAGUCCUUCAUACGCAAGUGUCUUAGGAAGCCCCACCCUGAGCGGUCGGACGGGCAAAACCUGAAAUUUUGGCUCGCAAUCCCUUAUGUGAAAAACGUGUCAGAGGCGACGGCAGGAAUCCUGAAGCCGGCUAGAUCGCAGUUGGUAGCCCGGAAUGGGAAGCGGACGGCGACCUUAACCUUAAUUCCCACCUUAACCCUAACCGUUACCGUUAACCCUAUCGGCAACCCUAACCCUAACUCUAGCCGAAAUCUUAAACGUAACCAUAGCCCUUAGACAUAGCCGUAACUGAGAAGCAUAACCGUAUUACUGGAACCUAUUCGUACGCUCAAACCCUAACCAUAACUUGAAAACCUAAGCCUAAAGGCAUAACCCUAACCGGAAAAUCAGAAACCAUUAACCGGUACCCUAAUCCUAACCUCAAACGUAAACCAAAUGGGUCAGAUGUGAUUAUGGAGCCCCACAAAUUAACCCCAGUAAAAAAAUCCGCAAGCCACCUGUAAUGCGGGUCCGGGCUACCAACUGGGAUCUAGCCCUGAAGCCUUUCGGGAUCGGAGUGGCUCAUAAGCCAGAGUCAACAAUUAGACAGCAAAUAAUGAGGCCCAAAGACCCGCUCCCUGUGACGGAACAGUCAGCGGUGGUCUACAGCAUACCAUGCCGAGACUGUGAUGCGAGGCAUGUUGGUGAAACGGGCAAACGCCUUGGCACAAGAUUGCUUGAGCACCAGCCUGCAAUCAACCGCAAGGACAAGCUAUGGUUUAUGGCCACGUCGAACAGCAGAACCAAAAUUUAGCCUUUUAAAAGGCAAGGAUAAUCGGCUGAGCCAAUGAUAAGAUGGCCAGACUGACGUUCGAAAGUUGGUCCUCGACUGGCACACUCAACAGAGCCGUAGAUCUGCAUCCCGCCUACCAGGCGCCACGCACAAGGCUCGAGUCAGUGAGGACAAGUAAAGUCGCGCGUGGCCGACAGCCGAUGCCAGCUGAAAAUAGGAGGGAAGCCGGUCGGAGGUCAUUUGACCAGCAUGGGACGCCACCUCACCUCACCUCAUUGACAUGAGCCCUAACAACCGAUCAGUCCGUUGAGUGACGAGGGGGAGGCCGACAAGCAUGUUGGCUCGCCAACAAUUACGACGGCCGUAAAGGGGUCAAAGGUGACACGAGCCCACCGGCGGUCAAUCGCGGAGAGGUUAACGCUAACCGGCGGCGAACAGGCAGGUCAUAGUUCGUGUCUCGAGCACGGACAUAAUGCCGGACAGGUAUCAAAGCUGAAGCAAUCAAGACCAGCAGGAACAACCAACACAUUACUCUGAUUAUGGAAACGAGAGGGUUUCCGAAACGUCAGUUCAAAUACAAUUUGGUCCAUGAAUUCACCCCCUCUUCUUCUUCUUUGGGACAGGAUGAAGGCGACUUUAUAUCUGGACCUCGAGUCUUUACCCAUAUCGAUUGUUCGACAUGGUUAUAUAGGAAUAUGUAUAGUGUCUAUCAUCCCCCGAGAGGGCGAUUUCAUGGACUAAGUCGUAUUAGCACUGACAUUUCGGAAACUCGUUCCCAUCACCGAGUCGUUAGCUGGCUUUUCCUGCUGGCCCUGAUUUGUUCAGCCUUACCGCCUACCACGUAUUAUAACCGUGCUCAGCGCACGUACGUUGGCUAGCCUGUUUUCUAUUGGCUGGCUGUAGCCUCUGACUUCAACCAUUGGCGGACUUGCGUCCACCUCGCGGCUGUUGUGCUUGUCACUGUGUCGACGUGCUCGUCGGUAUCUCCUUGUCAGAAAGCGGACUGGUCGAUCGUUGUGGCUCAGGCGGGGAGUUUUCGGCCUUGCCAGUACGUCCAUGUGACAAUGUGCCACGCCGGUCACAUGACAUUCUGUCGGCGCCUUCUCUUUUCUCCGAGAGCGCCCGCAGUCGGUCCCGAGUGACUUUUUCAUCCGUCUGGACUGACUCGAGCCUUGUGCGGAGAGCCUCAAGCUACCGUGGUAGUGCAGGAUCUUGCGCGUAUUGGUGGCCGUCGUUUUUAGGUCCCAGUUGGGUUUCCAGUAGACGAGAACGUCCGGGAACGGCAAUUGGUUAGGUAAGAUCGCAGUUGGUAGCCAGAAAUUAUACGGUGAUACUGUUGACGUGCGUACUUGUCAUCAGUAGGUGUGCUUACCUUGUCUAGGGAACUUGUUAUCAGAAGGUGUGCUCUUACUGAGUUGGGCAGGUCGCCCGUUUCGGCCAGGCUGUUGGGUUUAAUUAGGGUUAGGGUUCGGCGUAGGUUACGUUUUAGGAUUGGCGUUUGCUUUUUGGGGUCAGGUUUCGGUGUUAGGGUUAGGGUUUAGGUUCCCGUUAGGGUUAGGUUUAAGGUUAGAGUUAGGGUCAGGCUUAAGGCUAGGGCUAGAGUUAAGGCUAGGGUUAGGGUCAAGUUUAGGGUUAGGGUUAUGGCUAAGUUUUGGGUUAGCGUUGGGUUUUGGGAUUUUGGUUACGUUUCGGUUUUUAGGCUUAGGGUUAAACUUUACGGUUGUGGUCAAGGUUGGAUUUUAGGGUCAAACGCAGGGUUUAGAUUCCUGCCAUUACUCCACCUACCUAGAACUUCCCAGCACUUUUUCUGUUAACUUUACUUUUACCCAGAAACUCCAGCAUGCCUCUACCGGCCCUUCUUUUUACCCCACCCAUAUAACCCCCGUUCCCCCCACUCCCGUACGACAGGGACCCGGUUGUCCGCCUCCCCAUUCCUGGCUACCAACUGCGAUCUAACCGCUGAUUUCUGUUUCCGCCUCCAUUGUGAACUGAAUGUAGGGGAACGCAGAAUUCAGGACACUAUGUAAUUCCUGGACCAUUUUGCGCUUGACGAUGACGAAGGUGUCGUCAACAUAUCUAUUUCGAAAUUUUGGUCUGUAAGGCUGCGCUUUGCUCUGGUAGUUAUUAUGCGCGGUUUGUGCCGUUUGGAGAACCGCCUCUGCUAUGAAGCCCAAGAGCGGCGGUCCCACUGACGCCCACUUCGCCUGCCCCUACACUAUCUCUUCGAAGGUGGAGUCUCAGUUUCAACGUCUCUCCUCUCGCGUCCUACUGGCCCUCGAACAGUUCGCUGGCCGUUUCGACCGUCAGGUCUUGUGA